UUUUUAUUAUCAUUUAUCCAUAACGUCUAGCACGACGGAUAUAGUGAUACUGCGAUAACUCAAAUUGGCAAGUUUCGUUGUGGCGUUGUUAAAAUUGUAGCAAUAGCAACUGCAAUACUGCAUUCCUGCCUGCACAGGCUAUUCACGCACAGUGAUCAGUUGCAAAUUUGUAAUACGAAAUUUAUUAUUUCGUAAAAUAUUGAUAGGUAUCUUAGUAGUUUUAGUCCAAAUUAACUACUUAACCCACGUCUUAUAACUUAGUAUCUAUUGAACAGUCCUAUUUUAUCUAUAUUUUUAAAUUCGGAAUGAGGUGUAAUAUUUUCCAAGUAAACGUUAUGUUAUAUUAUUGUGACUAAUUAUUAUUUGUACCACUUCUACUAUAGGACCUAGAUCCAAAAAGUAUUCAACAAUUUACCAGUUUACAUAGUUCAUGUUUUGUUUAUGUGAAAACUAUGGCAUCUGCUACAGUCAUAGUGCGCCAUUUUCCUCCACAAAUUUCGUCUGAAGAUAAAGAAGAGUUUCUCAAGUAUUUUGGUGCCAAAUAUGUUAAAAUAUUGACAUCUAAAACAAAUCAGAGAUCUAUUGCAUAUGCAAGGUUUGAAUCCCAAGAAUUUGCUGAAGCUGUUAUUCAGCGGUUGCAUCAAAAAGAAUUGUUAGGCCAUAGGUUGACUGUUGAAUUAUCUGCAAACGAUCUCGAUGUCAAUCUUAUGAAAUGUCCUAAGCCACUACCAGUUAUUGAAUGCAACACUGACGAAGUAAAACAAUUACAAGAGGAUUAUUUAAAAAAAUUAAAUAGUUGGUCAGCUGCAAUCGACCUAAACCAACCACCGCCACAUCAUCUGCACUAUAGUUAUCCUGAUCCAAACCCAUACAUACUGUCAAAUAUUACCAAUGCAUUAGCUAAUAAUCAGAAGUUCUACUAUCAAGUCUUACACUUGAUGAAUCGCAUGAAUCUGCCUGCACCUUUUGAACCUGUUAUAAGUUAUCCUCUGAAUAAGUUUAUGAAAAUCGAAACUGCAGAUAAGUACACCACCACUGAUGAAACUGAUCCAGAUCUGUCAGAAUCUGAAAUGGAAAGUGAUAAUGAAAGUGAUCAUAAUAUAGAACCUAAAUUAUCUUUGUUCAAAAAGAAAAUAUGUAAAGUUAUAAAGCCUAAGCGUUUAAAAAAUAUCACAGCUACAGUGUCAAAAAAGGCCAAAGUUGAAUUGGCCAAUGUUUUUGACACUGUUGAGUAUGAGAUACCAAAGAAAAUUGAAGUCAAAGUACCAGCAGAAUUAAAACCUGUCGAGGGACCAACUGCGGACACUGAAGGCGGAUUUGGUGUAAUAUAUUCAUCAAAGAGUAUAAACAAAGAAGAAGAUAAAAAAGAAAGCGAGUCAGAUGAUGAUAUAACAGGAGAUUGUAUUAGUAAAGAAGAAUUAGCUACAAAUAGAUUGUCAGACAAAGAUAUAAAUAAUAUGCCUAUUUUUAAGAAUUAUUAUCCUGGAGCUCCAUCCUGUAGGUUAUACAUAAAAAAUUUAGCAAAAACAGUACUGGAUAAUGAUUUAAAAUACAUUUAUAAGAGAUUUAUCAAAUCUGAAGAUCUCAAACCAGGAACUAUGUUUGAUAUACGACUGAUGCAAGAUGGGCGUAUGAAGGGUCAAGCGUUUGUGACAUUACCAUGUGUAGAAAAUGCCCAACAGGCAUUGAAUGAAACCAAUGGAUAUAUUUUAAAAGACAAACCUAUGAUUGUACAAUUUGCCAGAUCAGCUACGGCAAAAUAAGUAUUAAUACAAUAAUUUAAUGCAUAAAAACAGUUAAUUAUUUAUACAUAUGUUUAUAUUCAAAAUAUUAUACAUAAAAAAUAAUAAUGUAUAUAAAAAAAUUUAGUUUCUUCUCCUACGCACUCUGGAAAUUCUCCAGGAAUUUGGUUCUUCAUAUUUGUUAUAAAGUGGUUCUAGCCGUUGGUUCUUUUUGAACUUGCUCAACUUUGUUGGAUCAGAGAAUUUAAAGAAUGCUGGUGCGAAUUCAACAAGCCACCUUGGAUCUAUUGUUGUUACCUCACGCAUAUAUUCUUUGGUGGUUUGAACCAGUUCAUGAUACAUUACCCUGAUAAUAGAAUACAUUCAAUUUUUAUGAGUAUUGUUUUGUGUAAUAUUAGUACAUAAAUAAUUAAUUUAUCAAAAUACAAACCAUUCAGGUUGUCUGUUGAACAAAGCACUGCUAGGAUGAAUAUAGACCGCCUGUCCAUCAACAAGAGUACGGUAACCUUCUUGUGGAUCUUUUUUAGACGCAUUACGGAAAAAUCCAGAACAAAUAGCUUUUUGUAUUCGAGCUGUGUUUUUACCGGCCGAAACGACAUCCAACUUAUGUCUACAAAAAUUUAGAGGUAGAUUUUAAAAAUUAAUUAGUUAUAACUUAUAAGUUAUAAGUUAUAAGUAUUCAUAAUUUAAUCAUUACCGGUCCAUGAUUCCUAGCAAUUGUUUACGAACAUCUUGGGCUCUUUUGAGUGUACGUACUUGGACAAAAUUCUCAUAACACCAAGCAUUACUAAACUUAUUAUUUUUCCAAGAAUUGUACACGGCCAAAAGUGUUAAAUGAUCACCUUCAACUUGAUUGAAUUUUGCUUUUUUCUGAUCAGCUAAUGCUUGUUUAUCUUUUGGUCUAUAAAAAACAUUUUGAACAGAAAGCAUGGAUACAAUAGUCAAUAUCUCUUCGGAACAUUGAAGAUGAACAGACAUAAUCAACAUUUUGGAGAGCGGAUACAUACUCGUCUUCCCAAUCUGGUAAGUAGACCUUCAUCAUCUAAUGCACUCAAAGAAUGCAAUGAUUCCAAGGCCAUGAUUAAACUUUCAACUGGAGGGGCAUCCAUGAAGUCAAAAUGAAGUAAAUCAUUAAUGCCCAUAGUUUUCAGUUGCAAUACCUAGAGUACAGGUGUUGGCAACAUUUCAUCUCGAUAGGCUCUCUCUGUAUAAAGUCUAUAACAUUUACCUGGUCCAGUACGGCCAGCACGACCAGCUCUUUGUUUGGCUUGUGCCUAAAUUGACAAUAUAAUAUUAAAUAAAUAAUUAAUUUUAUGUAAGUAAUAAAUACAAUAUUUAAAAUGUUACACUACACUAAUAUACAAUGAAUUUAAAACAAUAAA